CUUUUUUUUUUAUAUAUAUAUAUAUUUAAUCUUCUUUCGGGAUUGAAAUUAUAAUACCCAUAAUGCUAUCUUGUUAAAUUGUAUGAUCAUAACCUUUGUGGGUUAAUCACACUCAAAGUAAAGAAUCUGUGUUUUGUAUUCUUUUGUAUAUGAACGUUAGGACAUGCGCAUAUAUUGCUCCUCACUUCAAGUAUUUAUUCCUUGAGUUUUUCAUUCAACGAAGUGAAAGGAGAAAAAAAAAUUUAAAGUUGUGUGAUGUUGGUGAUUGAAUUUUGAGUUUGUUUUUGGCUUGGCAUUCACUUAUCUACAUUAACUCGUUUCUGGGUUUUUCUCCAAUUUGAUUUAAUAUUAUUUUCUAAAUAUUUGUUUUUUAAUUAAUGUCUGUGAAGAACUAUUUUUGCUCUAUUUCCUGGUUAGUUAAUCUAUUUUACACUGUUUUAUUCCUUGAAGUGGUUAUUGAAAACUCUUCCAUUUUUUGCAGUAAACCGUUUUCUUUCAAUGAAUUGAUUAGAACUUUUGGACUUUCACUUCUUCAACACCGCCACACUUGUCCAUCAUAGUUGAAAUUUGGGAUUUUUUUCUUUUCAUUUAAAUACACUUCUAAUAGUGAAAACUAAUUUUCCUCUGUAGAAAUUCUUUCGGUUUUUUACAGUUCCAUCUAAUCUGCUUUAAUGAAUGAUUUUUUUUUUUUGUGUCACUUUUUGAAUUGAACUCAUAGUUCAUCGAGUAUAGACUCUUUGUCUAUUUCCAAAUAGAACAUUAAAGACUAAUUCAGACAAAAUGGUGAUUGAUGUAACAAGUUUGAAUAAUUUGUUGAGUUUCUUAACAGGAUCCUCAAAGCAUACUUGGCAGCCUGUCAUGACUGCCAAUACAACCACUUUAAGUUAUUGGUUAAACUGGAGGUUCUUCCUCUGCGCUGUAUUUAUCUUACUUGCUAUGAUAUUUGCGGUAUAUCUAAUAUGGAAGUAUGAAGGAUACAAGAGAUCAGAAUCUGAAAGGAGAGAAAAUCAGCGAGAAAGAAUGGAAUCUUCAUAUAAGGAUGAGGCUUGGAAGACUUGUCUGAAAGGGAUUCAUCCUGCUUGGUUGCUUUUGCUUAGGAUAACUGCUUUCAUUAUCAUGUUCUCGCUGAUCACAGCAAAUACAGUUGUUGAUGGAAUUGGCAUAUUUUACUUCUACACUCAGUGGACUUUUACUUUGGUCACAAUCUAUUUUGCGAUCGGAUCUUCAAUUUCCUUUUAUGGGUGUUGCAAACAUCGCAACGGCUUUGACAGUGAUCAGACUUAUCGUGGAAAUAUAGAUGCAGAGCAAGGCAACUAUACAGCUCCUUCACUUGGAGAAACUGAAGAUAUGUCUACCUUGCCCAAAAGUCUAGACAGCAAUGGAGAACCUAGUCAUUGCUGUACUGCAGGUGCAUGGGGCUAUAUUUUUCAAAUUAUUUUUCAGACAUCUGCAGGUGCUGUGAUGCUUACUGAUAUUGUAUUCUGGUUCAUUCUUUAUCCAUUUCUAAUGGCCAAAGACUAUAGUCUCGAUUUUCUGAAUGCCUGUAUGCACUCGGUCAAUGCUGUCUUACUUCUUGGGGAUACAUUUUUGAAUUGUUUGCGGUUCCCCACCUUUCGGAUUGCAUAUUUUAUUUUGUGGACUUGUAUAUUUGUCAUCUUUCAGUGGAUCAUCCAUGCUUGUAUCUCGAUGUGGUGGCCAUAUCCAUUUCUUGACUUGUCAUCCCCUUAUGCUCCCUUAUGGUACUUAGGAGUGGGGUUGAUGCAUGUUCUAUCCUAUGGCAUGUUUGGUUUGAUAAUAAAGCUGAAGCAUUUUUGGUUGUCGAGAUCGUAUCCAGAGUCCUAUCAGGGUUUCAGAUGAGGAAGAAAAGGAGUAGCAAUCAAUGCCUACAACUUAACCAUAUUAUUAACCAACAGCAACUCCCCAAUUUUUGUUUUUGGGUUGGUGAUUGGGCUCCUUCCUAGACUAGUGGCGUCAGUUGCUGAAGCAGGUUAUUGUAUUUGAGAGCAGCAGCUAGAGAGUAAUGAUAAUAUCAGCAUCUUAUUCUAAAAGGGUUCUUUUAAAGAUUGUGAUGUCUGCUUUAGUAAGUUCAUAGUGGGCUUGGCAAUCAAAAAUGUAAAGAUUGUGAUGGUCUUGUGUAGUAUCUUAAAUUUAUCAGUUUCUCACCUCCAUAAGAGUAUUUUACUAAAUAAAAUGCAAUUGGAUGAUUCA